AUGCGGCUGAUGUUAAUUAAUCCGGUCCUGGCUUUAAGGUUGUGGAGAGGCUCAGUCGUACCUCCUGCCCGAAAGCUGUGUCCUGCUACAUUUUCGUCAGGCAGAAAGUGUUUUAGUCUUGUGAUGAACCAGGUCUUUGUGGUCCAAGAGCUGUCAGGUUUGGCGAAAAGCAGUGCACAGUUGUUGGCAUAG